CUAAGCCAGUAUUUUAAAUUAUUUUAUCUGUACCAGUUACGUUAUGACAAUUGCGUGUUUAUCAAUAUUGUGGGCUACCCUAAUGGUGCUUAGUUGUGCUCAAGAACAGAUAAUAGAAUCAAUAAUCAAGAACAAGAAUGUGAACGUGAAAGCUCAGGAAUUGACUCAAGAAUUGUGGAAGAUAAUAGAUUCUCAUUUAAACACUAAUUAUGUCACCAGUUCAAAGAGCAUUGAGAAGGAUCUCAAAAAUGCUAUAAUGCCUCUAGUGUCACAUAAUAGGAGAAGCGGAACAUCCCCGCCCGUCUUUCAAGUGGCAACUCAACUGGAUAAGAUCACCCGAAGGGCAAUCACCAGAGAAUUCCCAAGCAUAAAUAAAUUAGACGAAGAGAUCAUGGCAAAGGACAUUGUGGCAGAUAUGAUGGUCUCCCUAAAGACGAUUCUAUCAAAACAGAUUGAUCCGAAGGAUAGUCACAACAGAAGGAUGAUGCAACGUUCUGAUUCGACAAUGUCAGAUGAUGAUGAGCAGAAUUACGUAAAUAACUACGCCCAAUAUCGUUUAACGUCGAAAAAGAUGAAGCAACAAAAGAAAACUCAGGAUGACACGAUGAGAUCACUGAAUAAUAAUGAAAAUGUGAAUAUUAAUGAAAAUUAUAACACUAAUCUUGAUGUCAAACGGCUUCAUAGACGUUCUUUUGGCAGUGAUGAUGAUUUACGUUUACGCAAAAUGCGCAAUCAAAAUACGAAGUCAUAGUAACGUCAAUUUUAAUAGCAAACACAAAUAGAGACGAUAUAUUCGAUUUCAGCGAAGAAAUUUAAAUGCAGAUAAACUUCGGCCUCCCGCCUAAAAAAAUCAAAAUUAUAAAUAUUGCUG